UACAAAAUAAUUCAACGAAGAUUCUAAUGGGACAUUGUCAUUUGAGUAUUCUUGUGACGACUGUAACCACGUAAAACUAAUUUCUCCGGUAAGAAGUGACGAAUGUUCUCCCAAUUUAUAAAUAUUAAAGAGCUAACGGCCCUGUUUAACAUACACAAAUAGUGAUUGAUACUUUCAAGAUAUACCUGUUGUUGUCUGCGAAACCUAUUAAAGAUAAACUGACUGUUUCAAAACUCUCUGAUCGCUCGGAGGAACGUAUCGCAAAAGUACUUGAAAAAUCUAAGUAAGCUUAAAAAAUUCAAAAAAAAAACUUCCGUGUUUAAUUUCGGGCAUGAUAGUUAUAGGUAUAGAGAGAACCACGUGAAAAGUCAUAAUCACAAGUUAAUAAUAAAGGGUUCUAAUGUCUGUGUACAAAUGUACUAGCCAGAUAUUCACAAUAAAAUAUUGGCAGACGUCAUACACUGGUAUUCACAUAAAUCCUAUUUCACAGGUAUUUCUCAUCUGUAGACAAGCACGCAUUCAGUAUUGUAUCAUCCGGAACUAUAUGCAAGCCUUGUAUAUAUGAAAGUCGUCUUUUACUCAAACUGAGAUUUGCCAUCCCCUAAUACAGACGCCCCGGCAACUUCGGAGAUUCUAUGUUUGCUCGUUCGCUCGCAGGCGCCCGGUUAGCUCUCGCAGUUUUCAACGCUCACCAAGAUCAUUGGGAAUGAUGAUUGUGACGCCAUCGCUCCGGUCCCCCACCACACCAGACGCAGGCCAGUCAGUGUCAAAACAUUGGAGCGGUCGCACUACGCUGCCAGCUAGGGCCGAAACAGUACACGAAGAACGAAGGGCUCCGCCACAAAGUUGAGUGCACCUUACGGAUUUAUCGUGAACAUCAAUGUGACAGCAUGUGUUAAGUGAAUAUCUAUCGAUUCGAAGCAAGUGAAUGGAACUCCGGGUCUGAAAACUCGACAUAGGCCCCAAACAAUUUAAAGGUCGAGAUGGGACAAAGUCGCCAGCGAAAAGGAAAUGCCUGAUGAGCCUGACUUGACACAAAUUAACCAAUAGCUGCUGAUAUAGCGUAACAUAGCAGCAAUUAUAGUCUGUUGAUCACGAGAUUCUCUCUUGCGACACCGUGCGCAGUCUGAAUUGCUGGAUCCUGACUCGACACUUUAUGUAUGGAUAGUGACGUCGACCCUGCUUUCUUUUCAUGGCCGCAGCUGAGUGGCCACAGGUGGAAACGAUUUAUGCCCCUCCCAGAUACGUUUGCUGUCGUCCAAUCGUUAGGUAAAGUUUCAGAAAUUCUACUUGUCCUUAAUGCACUCCCCAUAUCUUGGGGUAUCAAGAAUAAUCGAAGUUACGAAACUACUAUCGCUCCAUGUUGCUUGCCACUCAUCGUUUAUGUUAGUUAUCCUGAUUAAAUUUCUGCCAUACCAAUACUGGGAGUGACGCGUUUCCGCCAAUUCAGAUCAGCUCAUAUAAUUACAGACUACCUCGACGCGUUCGUCCUUGUACGUGCGGAGAUUAAAGCGAAUGCAUCAUCAGCUAAGCAUUCGCUAACGUUACCAAAAGAAGUAGUUAGAAUAGAACGCGUUGUUUUUUAUUGUUGCUGAAAUUGGAGCUCCCCCUUGGUUGUUAUCGGGUGGGGGACACGAAAUAGCCAAGAACCCACUAGGGCUAAACGACAGUAGCUUGAUCAAAACCUGAGUGGGAAACGACCGUCGUUGACCACGACAGCGACAACGAGGCCGGCGACGGCAAACACUGAAUCAACGAUACAAAUAACAGUCGAAAAAUGUUGAGUCUUAGUGAACUCGGGGAUGGGUUACCAAAUAUGCCCCCCUCGAACGGGGGCUCGCCGCUAAACGGCGCCAGCAUGCGGCUGCGUUGGGAUCCGAAGAACCUUGAAAUCAAAACACUAUCGGUUGAGAAAACUCUUGAGCCUUUGGUGAUGCAAGUGACGACCCUGGUCAACACGAAAGGCCCUUCAAAGAAGGUAGGCGGACGGUCGAAGCGAGCGCACGUUCUCGUUGCUGCAGUGGAACGAGCCACACAGAACUUUAUCAUCAGCGGCGAGGAGAUUGCCGUCGAGAACUCCGACAUCGCGGACGAGAUGCUGCUCGCCGUAGCUGAGGUUCGAGAUGCCGGGGCGGCGAUGUCCGAGAGUGCGCGACAUUUUGCUGAAGAACCGUGCUCUUCUAUGAAGCGGGCCGCUAUGGUGAGGGCGGCACGUGGCCUGCUUUCGGCAGUUACGCGUCUGCUAAUCCUGGCGGACAUGGUCGACGUGCACAGACUGCUCCGGAGCCUUCGGGCGGUGGAGGACGAUCUGGAACGAGUAAGAACCGCGACGUCACAGGCCGAGCUCGUAGAGUUCUUCCGCAACCUUGGCUCCAAUACAUCACUGCUUAUACAACAGGCGGCUCGGCGUCAGGCUGAACUAAAAGACCCGCGUCUGCGAGAUGACCUUGCGGCUGCCCGGGCAAUUUUAAAAAAGAACUCGACCAUGCUGCUGACCGCGUCAAAAGUCUAUGUCAGACAUCCUGAACUGUCCGCCGCAAAGGAAAAUCGUGACUAUGUCAUUAAAAGGUUUUGUGAAGCGGUUAAUACGAUCAACACAGUGGCUCAAGGACGCCACUCAGGCCUGAACGGGGAAACCGGGAAUGGCACAGGAGGUCUGCUCAGUACAUCGAUUGGAUACGACGGACCUGGAGAGCUGGCUGCUGCUAUUGAUGAUUUCGAUGAAAGAAUUCAUCUUGAUCCGUCCACAUAUUCUGAGCAACGAACUCGGCCUGCGCUUGAGGAAUGUCUAGAGUCGAUCAUUUCCGGAGCGGCACUUAUGGCCGACUCGGCCUGCACCCGUGAUGAGAGACGCGAACGUAUCGUUGCCGAGUGCAACGCCGUUCGACAAGCAUUGCAGGAUCUCCUUUCCGAAUACAUGGCCAAUGCAGGUCGCCGCUCUCCUUCUGAAGGUCUGGAUAAGGCUCGUGAGCAAAUGGUCCAUAAAACGCGUGAUUUACGCAGGGUGCUACGGAAAGCUGUGGUCGACCACGUAUGUGACGAGUUCCUCGAGCCAGAUUUGCCGCUGCACCUCCUUGUCGAAGCGGCGCGGGUUGGGGACGAGGCUCGGGUCGAGGAAUGUCAGCAGUUACUCAAGGAGCACGCAGCCAAGCUUGUCGAAGUUGCCCAGUUGGCUUGUUCAAUGUCCAACAACGAAGACGGCAUCAAGAUGGUGCGCCACGCUGCACAGCACAUUGAACAGCUAUGCCCGCAGGUGGUGAACGCGGCGCGCAUCCUGGCGUCUCGUCCUUCGUCAAAGGUCGCACAGGAGAACGUUGAAGCAUUCCGCGCUGCUUGGGAAAAUCAGGUACGGCUCCUGACUGAAGCCGUGGACGAUAUAACGACGAUUGAUGAUUUCCUCGCCGUGUCAGAAAAUCAUAUUCUGGAAGACGUAAACAAGUGCGUGUUGGCACUGCAAGAAGGUGACGGCGUGUCCCUUGAUCGUGUGGCAGGCGCUAUCAGGGGUCGAGCCGCUCGCGUCGCAGCAGUGGUCACAUCCGAAAUGGACAAUUAUGAACCUGGCAUCUACACCGAGAGAGUCCUUGAAGCCGUACAGGCCCUACGAGAACAAGUUAUGCCGAAUUUUGCACAAAAGGUGGACGCCGCCGUGACCGCUUUGAGUCAGGGCGCGUCAACCGAUGAAAACGACUUUAUUGAUGCCUCUAGGUUAGUGUAUGACGGUGUCAGAGAAAUCAGGAGGACCGUACUCAUGAACAGAAGUGCAGAAGAACUUGACUCUGAGACGGAAAUCGAAUACGAGGAUAAUACGUACGAGACUCGAAGCACGAAAUCGUCCGUACACGAUGUCGACGAAUAUCCCGAUGUCACUGGUGUUUCUAACGCCCGAGAUGCCUAUCGAAUGGUGUCGGAAGAGGAGAAAGCCAAAAUUGCUGCACAGGUUGAAACCUUCCGGACCGAGAAGUAUCGCUUUGAUCGCGAAGUGGCUAAAUGGGACGAUAAGGGCAAUGAUAUUAUCGUGAUCGCCAAGCAAAUGUGCAUGAUCAUGAUGGAAAUGACAGAUUUCACUCGUGGUAAAGGUCCGCUCAAAACCACAAUGGACGUCAUUAACGCUGCUAAGAAGAUUAGUGAGCACGGUACACGCUUGGACAAGCUGGCCCGGUCGAUUGCUGAUCAGUGCCCUGAAUCCGACACGAAAAAGGAUCUGAUCGCGUACUUGCAGCGUAUCGCCCUAUAUUGUCAUCAGCUCAAUAUUACAUCAAAAGUCAAGGCCGACGUACAAAAUAUCUCCGGCAACCUCAUCGUCUCCGGGCUGGACAGCGCGACGUCGUUGAUUCAGGCCGCGAAGAACCUCAUGAAUGCCGUCGUCCUGACCGUAAAGGCAUCAUAUGUCGCAUCCACCAAGUACCCCCGACAGGGAGCUAUCGUGACCUCGCCGAUCGUGGUUUGGAAAAUGAAGGCUCCCGAAAAGAAGCCUCUGGUGAGACGCGAAAAGCCCGAGGAGGUUCGCGCAAAAGUUCGCAAAGGUUCGCAGAAGAAGAACAUCACUCCCAUAAAGGCGCUCAGCGAAUUUCACAGCCCCGUAGAAUCAGUGUGAAGGCACCAUGCCAUUAUUCGAAACGGCUCCAUACAUUCAACCUUACCAUGUCUUUUAUCGUGACGGCGUGGGUUUGAAGUCUUGCUAACACAGAAGCCAUUGCAGCGGUCGUAACAAAUCAAAUUCGGGUUAUUUUUCCCCACCUUUCACAUGCCUGGGUCCCAGAUACCGGAACAGCUAGACGACUUGUUGCUUGAUAAAAAAGCAAAUGUAUCAGUUGGAUCUGGCAUAAGACAAAUAAGAAUUAUCAACGUUUUGAAAUUCUCAGUGUAAAAGUUCUAUAAUACCCAGUCCACAGCAGAACGAACAGAGAGUGAAUGUGAACCUGGAAAAGACAGCCAAUGAGGCCUUUAUCUCGUUGUGAUUACGUAUGCUGGAUCCAACUGUGUAUCUUUGGCUUUAGGUAUGCUCACCAGCAUAACAUGCACCAUACCUGCAAUAGAAAUUAGGCAUUAGGGUACGUGAACAAACACCUAACCUUCCCAUUGAAUUAAUUGCGUAAUUAUAUCAUGUAAGUAGUCUGUGACAAAGGUCGGGUCAACGAAGUGAUGACCAUCUGUAAGGUACAUCUUAAUAUUACUGUUAGUUGUUCCAUCAUAUAUCAAGAAUUUUAUUGCUUAUUUCAUAAUUAUACAUUACUACGUCCUGAAUUCGUUUGACACAGUGCACACCACGUUAUCUAGUUCGCCUUUUAGCGCUAUGUUGGCCUAAAUAUACAUUUUCGACUGCAGCUAUAAUAUACGGUUAGGUUGUUAUUGCCUACAUCCGCGGAUUUUCUCCGAUUAUAUCCGUGCUGCCGUACCUAGUGUCUAGGCACAAAUUGACACAACGAUUUUAUUUUGUUAUCAACAGCCAUGUAUUUUCUGUGCACACACAAACAUAUACAUCUGGGCGGGAACGAUACUUAGCAAUAACGAAACACAAGCCGACGACGAAGUCGUACCACCAGAAGAACGAGAUUUUACAUUUUGUUACCCAACAUUCCUUUGAAUCAAUGAAAUGACCCAAAUAUCCGGGCGGAACAAACUACACAAACACGGCGUCAAUCGAUUUCGUUCUCGAAUCCGGGACAGCGUCACAAAUUUAAGCGUAUUCUCGUCGUUUUGAUGUACUAUCAUUGUUUGGAAAGAGAUACAAAGCAGAUGUGUGUUUGGGGUAUAUUUGUUGCAUGUAUUUGUCGGAGAUUUGUUUGCACAUACAAAGCCGGCCAUCUCGUUUGUAAGAAAUUGUAUUUUUGUAAUUAGUAAGCCCCAAAAUAGGUAUUUCGCGUGUGGCAACAUCAAAGAAAAAGAAAAGAUGCCAAUAAAGAAGAUGGACUUUUCGCGACCAGCAUAUAUAUUUCAUCCCACUCGAGUAGAGAUCUUCAUCGUAAAUAGGGUUCAUAUGGGACCUUAGCCACAAAUCGAUCUCUAAGUGGGUCACCUUCGUAAACAAGUUAGCUCUACAAAUAACAAGUUGUGAAAUUUAUACGAACUGCCAAUAUUAGUUGUUAUGAAGAGUCUGGCUGGUGAAGGUCGUGCGUGUAGAGCGAGGAACUCCUACGACGCACUAUUUCAUUGCUUUGGCCAUCACUAACCAGCAAUAUAUAUUAAGUAAAAAAAGAUAACACAUAAUAUAAUAAUACUGCCUACUUAUUUUUUGCAGCUUAAAAAAUACUCUACGACGUUUUUGUCUAUCGACGCUGUCCCUGUAUAUAAAAAAAAAAAAAAAAAAUUAGUCCUGCAUUAUGUUGAUUUGACACGUUUACCAAAAAACAGAAAAUUAAUUUCACAGCGUAUUAUUUUGUUUCCCACAAGGCUACAUACCAUAAUUUUUUUAUAUUUUACAAGACUGGCAUAAAGCCAAACGUCGAUUUGAGUAGAUUGACAUUUAAAACAUGACCGCUCCACUCAGAAUAUUUCAAUUGUCAACACCUGAACACCCUUUGCCAAAAAGACUGUUUUUCUUUGGACGUCAAUUUUUCUUCGUCUAAUUGUUAUUAACUGUCAGGUAUCUAGUAUACAUACAAUAUUACCUUAUUGCGGAUAACGCCGGAUUCGUCGACUUUUGGCGUGAAAAAAUACAUCUUGAUCGACCGACAGCCGUACGGCAGUAUGUAGCUUAGAUCUCGAGCAUGAUUCUUCUGAAUCAAUCGAAAUCUAUUGAUACACUAAGGUGUAAAUUUAAUUUGUAUGCCUCCUUAGAUCUUUUUACCUGCGCUAUUUUUUUACUGUUUUAAAAGCGUCGAAGUACUUCGAUGUGACAUUUACUUAAUUCAAAAAAGUAAAGAGGAUGUAAAGAUGCUGUAUGAAAGGGAAAUCUAGAUGGAUAAGGGUACGAAGAAUCAGGAGUUUCUGUAUACACAUGUCGAUAAGAAAGUAUCCGUCGAAACAAACACACAUACGACCAAAUCGUCAAUCGAAACACAAGUAGACUAAUAUAUAUAUACAGAGAGAGAGAGAGAGAG